CCGUCCGGUCACAUUUCGUAGACGGACCGGUCCAACAUGGCCGCCGUUCAGGAGGAAACACGGACCGUGGACAUGAAGCACCCCACGGACACGGAGGACGAGGACAAAACACGGCUUUUAAAAGGUGCAGCGUUUCUGACGGCAGCGGCGUCUGCAGGGAUGGUGGCAGGGUUCGGGUCCACACUGGCCAUGGCGAAGAAGAGGAGCCCGGACUGGUUCAAUAAGGGUGUGGCAGCCACGGCGGCGGUCCCGGAGUCAGGGGCGUCCCUGGCCCUCAGAGCCCUGGGGUGGGGGUCCCUGUGGGCCUGGUGCGGAGUCGGACUCUUCGGCGCCACCGUGUGGAAGCUGAUGGAUGUCCACAGUUUGUCAGAGUUCCGGCUGAAGAUGCAGUCCUUCUUCCCGUCCAUCCCCAAGUCCACCGCCUCCGGAUCAGAACCUCCAGACUGGGACUCGCUGUUCAAGUCCAAACCGCCUGCAGCUGGAGAACAGAACCAGACCUGAACCAGAACCCAGUGACGGUCUAAGACCCACAGACUGUUUAGACUGGACCGGUUCUGAUCCAGUUUGAGGACGAUGGACCCAGUUCUGCUGCUGCAUCAGAGUUUCUGUCGUUGGAAGAAAAGUUCAGUGUAAAAAGUAAAAACUGUCGCAUUUAAUGUAAAUAAAUGAUUUUGGAAAUGA